AUGGGGGCUGGUGCCGUUCUCGAGCCCUUGGCGGUCGUUAUUCUCCUGUUUGGAGGUACAUGGAUCAAUAGGGCCACGAAGACAGCUUUUCCGCGAACGCAUAUCCGUCGACCGUCCUCCGAACCCCUGCGAGCGGACUCGCCGGAUUCACUCCAGUCGGGAUAUUCGAGCCCAACGCCCAAGGAUAGCCUUCUAAGCGCUGGCUCCUGCUCCCCGCGGCCGCAAACAUCCGACGACCGAUGGCACAAGCGACAGGUUGGAAUCUUGGGCAUGUCCUUGACGGUAUCCUCUCCCAAUACCGCGGUGUUCCAAGAUAGGCUCCUCAGUCGUCUGCUUCGAAGGCUGCCAUUCCUGGCGGAAUGUUGGUACUGGGCUCUGGUAUAUUGGACAUACCAGCUCGGCCGUGCGUUCACCGCGGUGACUCUCCAGGAACGCACCGUCGAUGUCGCCAGAAGCCAUGCUCUACAACUGAUUGAAAUGGAGGAGAGACUGGGAAUCUUUUGGGAAGUGUGGAUUCAGCGUUUCUUCCUUCGACACCCUUCAGUUAUGACGUGGAUCAACUGUAUCUAUUCUUUCAUUCAUAUUCCGGGCACCAUCGCGUUCCUGGUGUGGUUAUAUUACUAUACCAUCACUCGCAAUCGGAUCAACGAGCCUCAGCCCGGAAAGCCUCGAGGCACAGUGAGUGAAUCUCCCGCCGGCCCGCUCUUGUACCAGGCACGGCGACGCACACUGGCCAUUUGCAACCUGCUCGCAUUUGUGGUGUUCACCUUCUGGCCAUGCAUGCCACCUCGGUUGCUCAGCGACCCCAAUGUCGAGGGCCCUGAGGGAGAGCUAGCUCGCAGCUAUGGCUUUACAGAUACUGUGCAUGGUGCCAAUGGAGCGGGGAGUGUGUGGACAGAUAACCGUUUCUGCAACCAAUAUGCGGCAAUGCCAUCUUUGCACUUUGGGUAUUCCCUCAUGAUUGGGCUUACCAUCAUGACUAUCCCUCUCCCACCGCACCAUCGACGUACCUUUCGCGCUCGCCUAGGAUGGGGUAUCGGGCUUCGUUUACCGUCCUGGCGCAGAAUGGUCCUCCUGGUGCUCGGCUUCCUCUACCCAUUCAUUAUUCUAGUCGCUAUUGUGGCCACAGCCAACCACUUCAUCCUCGAUGCGGUUGCUGGAGCUCUGGUGUGUGCUUUAGGAUGGCGGUCCAACAGAUUUCUGCUGAACUUGUUGCCGGUUGAGGACUACUUUCUUUUGCUUGUUCGUAUCCAGAAGCCGGAGCCAUCAGCUGUCAGGAUUAUUGAUAGGUCUUUCGAUGACUGGGCCACGGAUGUUUCGGAGUCACGACAGGCUGUGCUGCCACGACGAAGUACUGCCUAUAUCGAUGAUAUAGUCCCCGUAAUCGCGUAA